AUGGAUCUCAGUCACGACUUUUGCCAUAUUAUUAGAGCACUCUUCAAAUAUGUAGAGCGAAGCUACGGCUAUUUACCAUAUUACGCAGAUAGAACUACAGAGGAAAUUUCACGUACUAUUGACAAAAUAAUAGAUACUUUUCUCCAAGUUAUUCCAAGAUACAUGUUCAAUGUUAAAAUAUUCACUGACGCCAAUUUUAAAAUAUUCACUGACGCCAGUAUCCAAGUCGCCAAUAUCCAAGAAUACAAUGACAUUGUGAUAAUGCGAUCUGCUAUAUAUUACCAAUGUCUUCUUUUGAAUACAAAUUUUUCUACGCAGCAUCUCAUCAAGGAGGAUCCGAUAUAUGGCGUUAUAGUUGAAACGUGCCCUACUCUAUCAUCAUAUCUCUUUAUACAACUAAUAUUGAAUAUUAGGUGCGAGGACAUAUUGGUCGUAUCGCUUGUGCAUAUACCGUUGGAUUUAUGUGUAGAGAUUUUGGAUUUAAUAAUUACAUCCAUUAACGAUCUAGAAGCCUCAGAAGCCAUACGUCUUAUUUUCCUUCUGAUUUACAAUGUGUACUACAAAUGCCUACAACUACAUUUAGGCACGAUAUCGGAACAGGAUGUGGGAGAAUGCAUCCAUAAAUUAACAGAGCAAUUUUAUACAUUGUUAAACUUGCUCAUCGUCAAAUUCGAUUCUUUCUACACAUUAUCUACUACAAAAUUUUUGCACCUUGGUAUUUUCACGAAGAUUACGCUUCGCUUUAUCAAAAAGUGUAUGCAUAGUAAGAUUGAAGAUUUCUCCAUGCAUCGCGAUUUAAAACCGCUCUUUAGAAUUACAUACGGUAUUUGUAAUGGACAAUGGAAUUAUCAUCACAUAAUUCCCGCCGACAAGAUGAGGUCCAUUAUAAUCCAGUUUGACCAGCAAUUAGCCAAUCUGCUUCAGAAUGUGCUUGAAAGAGUUGAUCAUUUCAAAUUCAUGAUUUGGGCGAACAUCAUGGAUAAUGAAAACGUUAUAAUUUCAGUACAACGCGCUGUCAUCAUUGAAUGCCACUAUUUUAUGAAAUUUAUAAAACAGAAUAAUUUUUUUGAGAUAAACGACCAUCUGUUCCACUGUCUGCAACAAUUUGUUGGUCCAAGAAAAACCGAGCAAUCUCUUUUAACUCUUGAAGAAAUCUGUCGUGACAUCACUGAAGGCAGAAUGCAGCAAGAUGCUAUGAGAGAGUUGCUGAAACGCUAUAAGAAAUGGGACUUGUCUAUAUUGGAUUUUAUUAAUAAGAAAAUAGAAUUGUUAAAAUUGCAGGACUUCACGACUAUAGUUGAAUAUCUUCAUUAUAAGUUUGCAUAUUUGCAUACUAAGGCGGAUAAGUACCGACUAUACAUAUCGGUACUGAAAAUAUUACUUCGGCAAUCUUAUGGUAUGAACCAUACUGUACUAUUAUAUGUGUCGCGGCACUUUGAUGAUAAUAAUUUAGCAUUUCUGUACGAUGAAGAAUGCUUUUCGAGAUUCUUGAACUCUAUUCAUGAUCUAAAUAACUUUUCUUGCCGCAUCCUCUUAAUUUUUAUUCUUUUAAAUCCCAAGGACGCAUUACGCAUGUUAAUCGUACGUGAGAUAGACUGUGAAUUUCAGAGCAAUGUUUUGUUUCAACACAUGCGUUGGUUGCUACCGUAUUACAGCGUGAGGAUAAAACACUAUAACAUACUGAUAUAUGUUUUAAAAGAUGUACUUUUGCAUGGUCGUUGGAUAUGGCGUCCACAUUUCAGAAUCUUUAUGGAUAAUUUGCUGUUCUAUAAGAUGAUAACUGCAGAUGAUUUAAUGAACGAACUCUAUAUCCCCUAUCUAAUUGGUGACUAUAUAGACCAAUAUAACUUGGACAUUUUGCUAUUACAUAUACAAAAUGUCUUGAUACAAAGAAAACUUUGUACUCCCAAGACAAAAUAUCUUCUGCUAAGUAUGGCAUUGGUCAGGACUCUAUCACUGCUACGAAGAAAUAUGACGUUUUCCAAUAUUGCGGUACAUAAAUGGAUACAACUUAUAACUGAUAUAUUACAAUAUUUAUUGCACACAUCAAAUAUAUUGACAACACAACAUCAAGAGUGGCUGCUACUCUUUAUUAACGUAGAGCCGCUCGAUAUACAAAAAGUGCAACUUGCCGACACGAUGGAAAUAGUUAAUGAAUAUGAAGAACGUUGCUAUACCGUGCAUCAACGAUUACGCACAAAUCCACGGUGCCAUCCCAAGUUGCGCAAUUUUGUACAAUCUUUCAAUCUUAAGCGAGAAGACUUUAUACGCCAUAUGAUACUGAGUUGUGUCGAGAAGGAAUAUCACACGUUUGCAUUCGAGCUAACGUUCAUGUUUUGCGAAUACUUCGGUUGGCCUAGUCAGAUAAUGGCAUAUGAGACUGUAAUGCGCAUCACCGCUGAAGCGAUACUGAUCGUUUUGACGUACAUUGAAAGGUUUCCUGAGCACAAAUUUUUUAUGCUACUGAUAUCGAUCAUGGAAUUUUGUCAAACAACCGCAACGAUCAUGACUACCGAUCAUUACGUAGCAAUCCGUCGUAUCCUGCUGCAGACUCUGUCCUCUAUAAGCCAUGCAGUUGACAAAACGGUGUACAGCACUAUGUACAGCUAUUUGCUCCAACGCAUUGAGAAUGUGAAUCCAUAUGUACAAUUGACACAUUACUUCUUUGAACUCAAAAAAUGGCUUUUCGUAUACCUUUACGGAUGCCGGCCCAUAAUGUCUAUGGAAAACAGGAUAUAUAAAUAUUCAAAUGACAAUUUGAGUGAGAAAAACAUUAUAAUGAUGUACAAAACGUACAUAUUCAUACACGAGUGUCUCAAGAUAUGCCACUUUGAAUCGCAUUGUUACUUCGAUCAAAUACUGCAUACUAUAUCCAAAACCUUCCCAGAAAAUUAGAUUGAUUUUGAUAAAGCAUGCAAGUAAGUAAAAAAAGUAUUGGCAUAUCUUAUCGUUUUUGAAAUAACAUUAUAGGAAAAAGAAUAUUGUUUUUUUUAUUCAAUCAGAAUAAAUCUCAUUUUUCUCUGAUAUACUGAUGAAUAAAAUAUUUCGUUCUUGUCAACGCAUUUUUUUCUUUACGCAAAAUCGAAGUUUAUGCAAAUACUUUUUUUAUUUUACUUUCUAUAGUCUCUGUAUACAGAAUGUGCGCAUAAAGUGUGGUAAGUAAAUAUUUUCAAACUAUUAAAGAUAGAGGAAAAUGUUAUCAAAUAGAGUUAAAGUAAAUAGGUAAAUACUGAAAAUAAAACAAAUUGAAACAAUAAUCUAUUUUUUAUCUAUAAUCUUAAUUAACUUUAAAUGAUUUUAAACAGCCAUAUACUAUAGUUAUAGCUAUAGUCGUUGCAUUUGUCUUGGUAUGAACUACAGUUAUGUAUAUUCAAAUAUACGCAGUUUUGUAAAAAAUAUUAGAUACUCUUGAAACUUCCUCGGCGCAUCCAUAUAGAAAAAAAA